AUGAGUUCAUGUAAAGAAUGUUAUCAAAAAAAUACCGGACAUAGAUGGUGUAAAGCAUGUUAUGCAGAACAUUUUCAACAAAAUUUUGAAAAUUGGACCAGUGGAAAUAAUGAUAUUGACAAAUUUAUUCAAAAUGCUCAACUAAAAGCAAUUAAUUCUGAAAAAGUAUUGGAAUGGAUACCUUAUGAUAGGUUUUAUAAUAUUGAAUUUAUUGCAAAAGGUGGAUAUGGUAGAGUGUAUAGAGCAAUCUGGAUUGAUGGAUUUAUAACAUACUGGGAUAAUAUAACAAAAAAUUGGAAAAGAAUGUACCAAAACAAAGAGGUAGCACUAAAAAGUUUAAAUAAUUCAAAAAAUGUUACAUUUGAAUUUCUUAACGAGGUAUAA